GAAAUAUAUUAGAUUAUAAUUUUAUACAUUUUUCUUAAAUAACACAAACAUAAUAUUUUAGUCAGUCAAGUUUGCACUGUAAGUUCAACAACGCCAUCUAUUUGCUAAAAAAGUAAUGGCAAAACAGGUAUUGAUUUUUUCAGUUAUAAUAUUUGCCACCCAAUCCAUAGAAACCCUAUCAAAUUGUUAUCAUAUAUAAAUGUUAAAAAUAUAAUAAACAAUUAAUACAGACAAAGCAAAGUUUAACUAUUUUAUUUAUUUUUUAAAAUUCCAUUAUAGAAAGUUAUACUAAUAAAAAAUAAUGAAACCAGAGAAUUCAGAAAACAAUCAACACAUACACAAUGUACUGACCAACGGUAUAACUAACCAUAUGUUUUGGAUAUUUGGUUACGGGUCUCUGAUGUGGAAGACCAACUUUCCAUUCAUCAAAAAAUAUCCUGGAUACAUUAAAGGAUACACCAGACGAUUUUAUCAAUUUAGCCCGGAUCAUAGAGGAACCAAUGAACUAGUAAGAUAAAAUUGUUUUUUUUUUUUUUUCUAUUUAUUUUAGUCAAGAUAAUAUUAGUUGUAUGUUUAAAAUAUAUUUCAGCCUGGACGAGUGGUAACCCUUUUACCUUCAACCGACGAUGUGAGCUGAAUAAUAUUAUUUAUAUUUAAACAUUUUACGGGCACUAUGUUUUACUCAUUUUUCUACAAAGGUAUAUUAUGCAUAUACCUAUGUAAUAAAUAUAUAUUAUGUGUUCAUAUUAUAUAAUUUGUAAUAGGACAUUUUGUUUGUACAUUUAAGUAUGUAAAAUAAAUAAAUAACAUAAAUUGAUAAAACAUAGCGGCUCGCUUAAGACAAAACUUAGUACUAAACUUAAUGUUAUUUUAGAGUUGUGUAUGGGGUAUAGCAUAUGCAAUUGAUAAUCGAGACAUAGCCAAUGUGUGUGCUGGUUUGGACCUACGUGAACGUGCAGGUUAUACCAAAAAGAUUAUACAAUUCCACUCGAAAACAAAUAAAGAUCAAAUACCAGCAGAAGUCACGGUGUACAUAGCUGACGAAGAUAACGAAUGGUAUGCCGGUGAAGCAUCUGUUCAACAAAUAGCUUGCCGGAUAGCAGCUUGCAAAGGAACCAGUGGACCAAAUCCUGAAUAUGUAUAUAAUCUAGCAGCUGAAAUGAGACGGAUAGCUCCGGGCGAAGAUGACAGACAUCUAUUUGAACUCGAAUCGGCUCUGAAAAACAUGGAAAAUAUUCAGUGUUGAAAUAUAGACAAAAAUAACAACAACAAAAACCCAAUAUUAUAAUAAAUAUAGUAAAUUUGUUAAUUAAUUGAUUAAUUAAUAUUAUUUAUGAUACUAUGAUACUAAUUAAAAAUAACUAUUAAAAGAUUAUAUUUUAUUAUUAUAAAGUCUACAUAUUAAGUACAACAUUUUACCGUAUUAUCCAAUAAGAAAUUAUAAUUUUACUUUAAAAUAAUCAUUUACAAAAAAGUAAAUAAAAAUAAACAAGAUCUAUUUAUAAUAUAAUGUUAAAUAUUUAACAUCUUAAAAAUAAAUACCUAACUUUUAGACAUUAGAAAAUGUUAGAUAAGUACCUAAAAUUAUAUCUACAUAACUAUUAUAUUGUAAUGGGUAUUUUAAUAAUUAUUUAUUAAAAUGAUUAAUUUUCGAAAAUCAUAAUUAAAAAUGAUAAAUAACACAAUUUUGUAAAAGUAUGCAAUGUAUACAGUAUGCCAAUAAUUAUUAUUAUUGACAUACCCUAUGUGACAUGAUAUGAAUUUUUGUAAUUUUUUUUUCAUUACUUUCUCUUUUCAACUUUUGGUUAGAAUUUCCCAAAAUUAUAAGUGUUGAAAAUAUUUAAUUGUGUAAAUCUAAAAGUUAUAAAUAUUAUUAUUUAAACAUGUUUAUUAAUGAAAUUAGUAGUUAAUUCUUUAGUAAUAAAUAAAAAUAAUAGCAUUAAAAAUCAAAAGUAUUCCAAUUUAUUUUAUGGAUAUUUUUGUUGCUUACAUUAAUAAGUGUAUGUAUUAGGUAGUUUUUAGGUAACAUUAAUGUACAAUGUCAAUGUGUAAAUAUUCGCAAUACCUUAAAUAAUAAAAAACAAAAUUUAAUUCAUAUUAAUUGAUCAAAUAUUUUCAUUAAGAAUUGUAUUGUUAACUGUUUAGAUUUUUAAUUAUAUAAUUAAUGUGACUAGCCAAACAAUUUAUUUUUAAUAAACGCCACUAACAACAAUACUCAAUUGCACCUCAGAUUAUUUUACAUUGCAGUAUUAUCAAAUACCGUUCAAUCAAAAACAAACAAGUUCUUAUUUUAUUAUUGUUUUCAUAAUUACCUAAUUAUAAAUUCAUCAUUUAACACAAUCAAGUUACA